AUGAUAGAAAAAAUGCUAGCCUAUUGUAAAAUAAUUAAAAAUUCGGAAAAAAAUAUUUUCAUUAUUUGGCAUUUAUUUGCUUUUGCUAGAAAGACAAUUCGCUCGUUUAUAUUGUUUUAUGCAAAAAAGCCGGAUGAUUAUGAUAAUAUUUUGUUGAAUAUUUGGAAAGUUAAUCAACAAUAUAAUGACCAAUUGUUGCAGGAGAAUAUUUCAAUUCUAAGCUAUUUUGAAGCUUAUGAUGAAUUGGAAAUUAAAGCAAAUAAUUGGAUGGAAAUAUUAAAACAAUUGAGUAUAUUCCAAAAAGAAAAUGUUUAUUUUAAUUAUAAUGAAGUUGGAUAUAUGAGGAGCAAAAUGUUAAUGUCUCUUCAAGAAGCAGAAAAUAGUGAAGAAAACAUAAUAUUUCCAUCGUCUUUUAAGAAAGAUACAAUUGGGGAUGUGCAAACACACUAUCCUUUAUUAUAUCGAAAUUUUGGUAAUUAUUUUAAAAUUAUUGAUAAGUUCAGCAUUUUCUGUGGAAUGCUAAAUGAGCUGUGGAAAUUCAGUUUCAAUUAA